UGUUUUCUAGAGGCACCUGCCCAACGUCAACUGCCUUCGCGAACGGGAACAACAGGACGCCCAAUACCCACCUGCGGGUUACCACGACCUCCCCUCAGCUAACUCGCAACCAUCGAACACAGCGCAGCCGCAAUGUCGUCGUUCACUCGUCUGUCCUACUCAACUAUGCGUCUCGCUCCUCUUGCGAGGGCGUCUCGACGUUCCGCAGGCCAAGUGCGGCUUGCGCAUGGCGAGGCUGAGCACGGCGCGCAUGGCCACGGCGGCCACCCCCCUUACAACGUAAGGCAUACCUAUCAAUCAGCCGUUCGCUGUCUGACCGCCUUCCAGCCCAUGCCCUUCUCCUACGACAACAAACGGGCAUUUGCCAUCAAGUACACCAUUUUCUGCCUCACAGGCUUCGGGCUGCCCUUCGUAGCUGUCGUUUACCAGUUGUGAGCCUCUCAUUGCCAUUACACGAUGCGAAGGUGGGACACGAAUCUGAUGUACGGCUCAGGCGCAAAUCCGGCGGCGC